CGUGGGGAGAACGCAUCCGCGGAUCCGCCCCAUGUGGUAGGGAAUAUACCCCUCCCUCCUCCCCGAUUGCUUUUCUAUUUAUUCUUCAGCUCACACGGCAGAGAGCGCAGGCAACGGCAGAACUCCGAUCCGAAAUGGGAGAAAACUACGAUGCCUCGGUCCUCGAUGGGUUCCUCGCCGUCGCAGUGGACGCCGCUAAGAGUGCCGGAGAGAUUAUUCGCCAAGGGUUUUACCAGACGAAGCAUGUGGAGCACAAGGGCCAGGUGGAUUUAGUCACUGAAACUGAUAAGGCAUGUGAAGAACUCAUCUUCAAUUACCUUAAGAAGCACUACCCUUGCCAUAAAUUUAUUGGUGAAGAAACUUCUGCCGCUUUUGGCAUUUCUGAGCUGACCGAUGAACCUACCUGGAUUGUUGAUCCACUGGAUGGAACCACUAAUUUUGUCCAUGGGUUCCCCUUUGUCUGUGUCUCCAUUGGUCUCUCUAUUGGAAAGGUUCCAACUGUUGGUGUUGUCUAUAAUCCGAUAAUUAACGAGCUCUUUACUGGAGUUCUUGGACAAGGUGCCUUCCUUAAUGGAACUCCUAUAAAAGCUUCAUCUCAAAAUGAACUAGUCAAGGCCCUUCUUGUCACCGAGGUUGGUACAAAGCGCGAUAAAGAGACAGUCGAUAACACAACCAGCAAAAUCAACAAAUUACUUUACAAAGUAAGGUCUCUCAGGAUGUGUGGUUCCCUUGCUCUGAACUUUUGUGGUAUUGCAUGCGGGAGGCUUGACUUGUGCUAUGAGAUAGGAUUUGGUGGACCAUGGGAUGUAGCAGCUGGUGCCAUAAUUGUUCGAGAAGCAGGUGGACAUGUGUUUGACCCAUCUGGUGGAGAUUUCGAUCUAAUGUCUCAAAGAGCUGCAGCAUCAAAUAGCCACUUGAAGGAUGCCUUCAUUCGAGAAUUAAAUAAAUCUGAGUAAAGGAUACUUUAUUGAGCUUGUUUGAAAUCAGUUUCUAGCUAUUUUAUUUUCCUACUGAUAAAAGUAUCGAGCAUAGAGAAAACAUUACAGAAACCAUCUCACAAGUUGUAGAUUCAACUAGUGUCAUUUAAUAUACAGAUUAAAAUAUCUGUUAUACUCAAAUUCAAUAGCUGCUGAAGGAGGCUUCAGAAAACACACUGUGAACUCUCUCGCAAAGCUUAUUCGAUGCCUCAGUGAAUAUAUUCUGCCAAUCCAAUUCUGAU